AUGGACGUCCGACACGCUCACGACACAGACAUCUACGCCGUCCGCGCAUGCCCCCACGAAGAUGGCGCAGACCUCGUCGCCAUCGGCGGUGCGCACUCCGUCGAGGUCCUUCUAGUCACCCCUACGUCUUCCAAACUGAUCGCGAACUUCCACGUCGGCACCCGCAUAACUACGCUCGCAUGGUCGUCUAAAGUCGCAUCCCCGUCCAUGUCCGAUGCUUGGUCCGUUGAAAUCGCAGCAGCAGGGGAGAACUUCGGCCUCUUCCUGCUCACAAAAUCGGCAAAGUCCAUGGAGUACGUCUUUUCUUUCGGCGGCGGCCUCAGCGGGCACCACGGCAAAGUGAACGACAUGUGUUUCUGUGGCGGCCAAGGCGAAGACAGCGCCCGCUACCUCGCGACAGUCUCAGACGAUAAAAUGCUCAUGGUCUGGGACCUCACGCCGGACAUCGACAUCCCCUCCCUCGGCUCGCCCGACCCUAACACCGAGCUCACCAGCGAGUUCGACCGCCCGCAACCGACUGCGCUCGUCUCCCCUUUCCCCUACCCACUCACCUCCGUCACCUCGCACCCGACGACGAGCAAGGAGCUGCUCGUCGCCGACUGCCGCGGUUCGAUCUUCCUCACCGACUGGCGCAAGGACCCGGACGAGAACGCAUUCGAGAGCUGGCGCGGCGCGAGCAUCGUCGAGCUCGUCGAUCCCCGCGCGUUCGUGGACACGAGCAUGGGCAUCAGCGCGAAGUCGCCCGGUUCCGUGUCCUGGCGGCGGGACAGACCCAAUAUCAUCGGCGCGUCGUACGGAACUACGUUCUCAAUCUGGGACCUGACGGACCUGCACGGCGGCAAGCCGAACAUCACUGGGGUCAGCUUCCCAGAUGGCAGUGCCCAAUUCAAAUGGUGCCCUACGUACCCAGACUACUUCGCCAUCUCGAGCAGGUCGCCCACCAAGGGCGCUGUCAUUCAUGUCCACAAUAUACAAAAUCCCCACGGGCCGCUCGCUUCGUUCUCCAUGGCAAAUGGCCCGUUGUAUGUACGGGCGUUCGAUUUCCUAGCCGCGCGCGGUGUCCCGAGGAUCGCUGCAGCUGUUGGGCGGCAAGUGGUCAUUUUGUACAUUGGUGACGAGUCAUGA